UAAAAGUGAUAUGAAACUUUUUGUGGCAAUUUUGGCUCUCCGCAGCAUCGUACCAACUAUCACAACUGACCUUUGCCAAGGCAAUAUCACUUGUGGGAAUGGUGAGCCGCACUUCAUGUGUGUGCAUCAACCACCGCGCUGUCAUCCUUUCACACUCCUGCAUUUGGGCAGCGAUCAAAUCCACUCGUUUUUAUUCGGUCAUAAUGGCAUUCGGAAUAGAGUGGCAAGACAAUAUCAAAUAGCGAAUAUGAAUAUUGUGCAUUGGAGCGUCAGUUUGGAAUUGAUGGCUGAAAGGUUUUUGGGAAAAUGCCGUAUGGAACGUGAUGCCUGCCAGGAUGUAGGUCCGCGUGAGUUACAAGUUAAUGAAAAUUAUCUCUUUUACAAAGGUUUGGUGAGUAAAAAGUGGCCUGCGCAUUUGGUGCGCAAAUGGUUCAAUGAGUUUGGCUAUAGGCAAAGCUGGAAGAAUUUCUACAAGAGAAGACCAAGCGACACUGUGGGCAAUUACUCUCAAUUAAUUUAUCCUUUAGUGCAGUUUAUUGGCUGCAAUGGUGGGCAUUUCCCCACUGGUUAUUACGUUUUCGUGUGCUAUUAUUGGCCUCGAUCGAGCAAGAAUUAUGAAGAUGGCUUUCUUUUUGGAAAACCUUGCUCACAAUGCGAUCGAAAAGUACCGGCUUGUUCGCGCGUUUUUACUGAAUUAUGUGGCAUAGAUAUUGAAGUAUCCAAGGCAAUGAAAUUACUCAACAAAGACACCAAAAAACUCCUCUGUAGCUUGGUUUUACUGUUCCUAUUAAACUCGUACUUUUAGUAAAGUAAAAUCAA